AUGGUGCCACCGCCACCACCCAAGUCAAGAGGGGCCGCUGAGGGAAUCCACAAUGCUGCCAGGAUUCAGUUCUUUUCCAUUCUCCUCGCUCUCCAAUACGGAGCUCAACCUUUGAUCUCCAAACGCUUCGUCAGACGGGAGGUUAUUGUGACUUCAUCUGUUUUGGUUUGUGAGCUAGUAAAGGUUUUAUAUGCCGUGUUUAUCAUGGCAAAAGAUGGUAGUCUAAGGAAAGUGUAUAAAGAAUGGACUUUGGUUAGUGCAUUUACUGCAUCAGGACUGCCUGCAGCUAUAUAUGCAUUGCAAAAUAGUUUGCUGCAAAUUUCUUACAAGAAUCUGGAUUCACUCACAUUCUCUAUGCUGAAUCAGACAAAAAUAUUGUUCACUGCAUUCUUUACAUAUUUCAUAUUGAGGCAAAAACAAUCAAUUGAGCAAAUUGGGGCCUUGCUCUUGUUAAUAGUUGCGGCAGUUCUUUUAAGUGUUGGUGAAGGCUCUAGCAAAGGUUCCUCUAGUGGUAAUGCUGAUCAAAUUUUAUUCUAUGGAAUUAUUCCUGUAUUAGUUGCUUCAGUGCUCUCCGGAUUGGCUUCUGCAUUGUGUCAGUGGGCCUCUCAGGUUAAGAAACACUCAUCAUACUUGAUGACUAUAGAAAUGUCUAUUGUUGGAAGUCUAUGUUUGCUAGCUAGUACUUUUAAAUCUCCAGAUGGGGAAGCUAUGAGGCAACAUGGAUUUUUCUAUGGUUGGACUCCUCUUACUUUGAUUCCAGUAAUGUUCAAUGCUCUUGGUGGAAUUCUUGUUGGUUUAGUUACAAGCCAUGCUGGUGGUGUUCGAAAGGGAUUUGUCAUUGUUUCUGCUUUACUCAUUACAGCAUUGCUACAAUUUAUUUUCGAUGGAAAACCACCUUCGCUGUAUUGCCUUUUGGCUCUUCCACUAGUGGUCACUAGCAUAUCAAUAUAUCAGAAAUACCCCUACCAGGUUAAGAAGAAGGAGUCAUAG